UUGCUGCGAGUUUCGGUCUCAACGGAAGAGAAAACGAGCGAUCUUAGCCGUCGGAUGGACGUAUGGAUGGAUGGCCACCGUUGACACGAAUCUUAACGGUCUCUGUCUUCCUCCUCUCACCCACUAUAAAAUGUCCCGCUCUUCUCCUUCGUUCGCUCGCUUCGGCUGUGUUUUUCUAUUCUGAUGUUCGCUUACUUAUCUGCGAGUGAUGGCCGUUGAUCUGGUGGGGUACACAAAGAUGGACGACCGGAUCGCCAUCCAGGAGGCGACCGCCGCGGGGCUUCGCUCAAUGGAGCACCUCAUCCGUCACCUCUCAAACCCCCACUGCCAGCAGCAGCUGGACUGCCACGAGAUCGCCGAUUUCGCUAUUUCCAAGUUCAAGAAGGUCAUCGCCAUCAUCGACGGCACUGGCCACGCCCGGUUCCGCCGCGGCCCAGUGGCGCCGCUUCCUCUGGCCGAGCCGUCGUUGCCAGCCGCCGUGAAGAGUCUUACCCUCGCGCCGAUACCGCUGCGCGUCAUCCACCCUCACCACCCGCUCCCGCCGCCUCCCAAGACGACGCUGACCCUCGACUUCACCAGGCCAGUCUCCACCGCUGCGGCUGGCGAGCUGCCCCCGCCCACUCGAUAUGGCAAGGAGUACUUCAGCAUCUCAAUGCCGAUGACGUCCUCGUUCGUGUCGUCCGUCACCCGAGACUGCAGCGUGUCGAACGGCAACCUCGCGCUGUCCUCCCUCCUCCUCCCGCUGCCCGCCGCCGCCUCCGCCAGCAGGCCGCCCCUCUCGUCCGCGCCUAAGCGGCGGCGGCAUGAGCACUCUCAUGCCCACUCGGGUCACGUCGCCGGCAAGAACGCCGUCCCGGGUACUCGCUGCCACUGCUCCAAGAGAAGGAAGCCGCGGGUUAAGCGGACGAUACGGGUGCCGGCGGUGGGCUUGAAGGCGGCCGAUAUCCCGGCCGACGAGUAUUCGUGGCGAAAGUACGGGCAGAAGCCCAUCAAGGGAUCACCUUACCCCAGGAGUUACUACAAGUGCAGCACCCUGCGGGGUUGCCCGGCAAGGAAGCACGUGGAGCGGGCGCCGGACGACCCCUCGAUGCUGAUCGUGACCUACGAGGGAGAGCACCGCCACAGUGCCGCCGCCAUCUAAGGUCGUCCACCUAAUUCCAAGUUCCAAUCACGACCGCUCAUUCCAUAUGCAUCUUCUUUUACUUCCUUCUUUUCCUGUGAUAUAUUUAUGUACAAUAUUUCCAUGUUCCCCAAAGAAAUCCGAGAAAAUUUUGACCGAAUCUGGUGCGGUGGGGUGUAAGUGGGAGCCUGUGAUGAGGGUACGGUUUGAUGGUGGCUGAAGAGGGUACGGUUUGAUGGCGGCAUUUUUAUUUUUCUUUGUUCGAGUGAGUGGGUGAGAUUGGAAGUUGAAGUAGGAACCACAAUUAAGAAUCUGGUAAUAGAGGACUUAAAUGGUGGCAGAUCAACCCGCGCUAUCUCACUGUGCAGAUAAUUGACAUGCAUCUCAAGGUUGAAGUGAUUUAGUGGUUUAAUUUGUCACUAGCUGGCUACACAAUUUCUUUGUUGCUGGAGGGUUAUAUAUUUAAAUUUUGCUGGUGAAAAAAAUUACAUUUGAGAUAUUAUUGGAAUCAGGUUUCUGUGUGUGCCUGACAAAGGAAAAACAAAUAAUCAUUUUUUCUAAAAGAGGGAGUCUAUUAAGAUCUUACAGUUCUACAAUAGGACCUGUAUAAAGAAUGGAGGAUCACUCCAUAGAAUCAUGAGAACUUGUGUAUGCUGAAAGAAUCACAUUUAUUUUCUACUCUGAGGAGACACUUGAUGGUUUAAUGAUUGUGUGCAAUCUAGCAGUCUGGAUUUAUUCACAUAUAUAUGGUGUAAAACAUUUUAAGAAAAAAAGAUACUCUUAGGAACAAGAAAGAAAAUUAUUGGCAUGAGUAAUUUGGGUUCGAAAGGAUUCCUUGACAAUUACUUGAUAUAAACUACAAAUGUUUGUGAAACCUUUUACGAUGAAACUCUUUGGAUAAAAUACUUGAAAUGGAGAAUACAGUAGCACAUGCAAUGGUUGAGGUGACCAUUCUAUUAGUGGGACUUGACCUACCUGACUACUACAUGGAUAGUGGAAGAAGCUUUGAUUACUUUGCCAAAACUAAUUGGAUUUCAAUUGGUAGAUUUGACAUAGAUAUUGUAGUGUACUAUCUAAAUUUGACUUGUGCCAACCAAAUGAAGACAUCGAAGUGUAGAAAGAUGUAUUCCCGUGCUCACAAUUUUCCAACUUGAUCUAUAUGCAUAGUUCAUGCCCACUAGUAAGUGUCUUUUUCUGUCAUGAAUUAUAUAUUAAUUCUGGUGGGUGGUUGUGGGUCUUGCAUGAUGAUGACUGUAGAGGAAAUGCCAAUGCCCACUUGCCUUUUCUAGACGAGGAACAAAUUCCUAUAUAUAUAUAUAUAUAUAUAUAUAUAUUAAUGGCAAUACAAAUGGACGGCCUAAUAGUGUCAUAGCGAACUUGAGCAUUGUUUUUUAUGCUUUUAAUUUCUCAUUUGGACUGAUGGAUCCUCAAGAACUUUGAUUACUUCCAUUGUUAAUAAAUUCAAUCGAUCAUUAAAGUGACGAGGUAAUGCUACAUAACCAUAAAGAAAUGUCACAAAAAAAAAAUUCAUAUCAGCUCAUGCAUGUAAUUUUCCCAUUAUUUUGAUUGGCCUUUGAUCUCGGUAAGGAUGGAUAAUUUUAUACUUUUUAGGAUUAAAAAGACUUCUGCCACAACCAACCAUAAUGCCCAAUGUUCCAGCAAUUUAGGAUCAAUUACAUAAAUCUCAUCACCACUAUGCUUGUGUAAGAAAAAUAUAAAUGUCAACUAUCAGCAUAGAAGUGCAUAUAUAUUUUAUCUGAGAUCAGCUACAUAGAUCAUUACUUGCCGUUGAGUUCUAUAAAAGAUAUAAUAGUAUAUAUCAGCUAUCAGCUCGAUAGUAUAUAUUUUCAAAGUCAUACUAGGAGAAAGAAUGUUAUAAUUAUUCAUGGAGCAUGCCAAGGUAAUGCAUGGCAAGUCUUGUAGAAAAUUAAAGAACAAAACAUGAAAUACCUAAUAUGACUGUAGUGAUUUUGAAGAUAAUAAUUCUUUACCAGCAACACAAUAAGAUACUAAUUCUUUGCUACUGUUGUGGUUCUUGUUUGUAUAACUUAUUUA